AUGGGAACUUUGGGUGGUGGAAAAUAUGAGACACAAAUGUGUAUUGCUAUUAUCGAGGAUUUGUAUGGAAAAGUGAGUUUUUGGCUGAAAAUUUUAGCAAAAGCUGAAAUUCUGUCUGAAAAUCCGAAUUUUUCAUAGGAAAAUGCAGGUUUACUUGUGUUUUCACAUGAAAAAGGAAAGAUUUUCAGACAAAAUUUGAAUUAUUCUGAAAUUGUCGUUUUCCAAUUGAAAAUAUGCAAAAAUCCCGAUUUUUCAGCUGAAAAUGCUGAAAUUUCUGGAUUUUUGCAUAUUUUCAAUUGGAAAUCGGCGGAGAUGCGGAAGCUAUGCCCAAAUUUUGAAUUUUAACUCGAAAAUUUAUCAGUUGCUUUUCAGAUUGUUGGAAAAGUUGCUGAAACUCUGCUCAAAGAAAGUUGUCAACUGAAAACGUUGGAAUUCAAGCUGAAAGGACAGGUCACACCAAUUUUGAUCAGAAAAUCGCUGACAACUUUGAUCAAUUUUGGAUUUGUCAAAUUUUUCAUGGAUUCGAAUCGAAAAAGUUUGUAUAUUGUUGAACCGAAUGCGAUUAGACAUGUACUUUCUGCUCCAAGGUGAGUUGGCUGAAAAUCCAUGAUUUUCAGACGAAUUUUCGAGUUUUUCAUAGGAAAAUUCGGAUUUAUCUGCGUUUUCACAUGGAAGAUGCGAUUUUUUGUCUAAAAAUCAUUUUUUUGAAAGAAAAUUGUUGUAAAAAUGGAAAAAUGGAUGUUUUUGACCUAAAUUUGAUUUUUAAUCUGAAUUUUAAAUUUCACGCCAAAAUUUAGAGGCCUGGAAAAAUAGGUUUCAAAAUUAUCAUAGAUUUAUAGUUUUUUUAAAAAUAGAUGUUUUUAUUACACAUUUUCUAAUGAAAAAUCCUGAAUAUCAGCAAGGGACUUUAAAAAUCUGAAAUUUUGUCUGAAAAUCCAAAUUUUUCAUCGGAAAAUGCAGGUUUACUUGUAGUUUCAAAUGAAAGAGAACGAUUUCCAGACAAAACUUCUAUAUUAUAAAAAUUAUCUGAAAUUGUCGAUUUCCAAUUGAAAAUAUGCAAAAAUCCCGAUUUUCCAGCUGAAAAUGCUGAAAUUUCUGUAUUUUUACAUGUUUUCAAUCGGAAAUCGGCGGAGAUGCGGAAGCUAUGCCCAAAUUUUGAAUUUUUACUAAAAAUAAACUGUUUUCAGCCAGAUUUUCAGCCAAAAACUGAAUUUUCAGAGCCUGUUUGAUUGCCAAAACCCUUUAUGGUCCGGAUGCUGAAGCGAUUUGUGAAGAACUAUUUUCACAAGGAAAAUUAACAUGUUCAAAUGCGAUUCGACGAGUUCAAGCAAGAGAUGAACAAGCUUCGCUGAUGAAUUUGAAAAAAUCAUUCACGGAUUUGGCAAAUAGCCAAUUUAUCAUCAGAAAUCCGAAAGUUGAAGGAGAAUUACACGGAAUUCCACAAUUUGAAACGGUUUUUGAUGCAUUUGUUAUGCCAAAUGAAAUUAUGGAUAUGAGUGAAAGAAAAGAAACAGAAGAAGGAGGGAGUAGAAAAAGAAAAAUUGGGGAGAAAGGUGAAUAUUCGAGAAAUUGUGUUUUCUAGACGAAAUUUCGAGUUUUUCAUAGGAAAAUUCGGAUUUAUCUGCGUUUUCACAUAAAAGAUGCGAUUUUUUGUCUGAAAAUCAAUUUUGUCUACGAUAUUUUUCAUAGGAAAAUGUGGAUUUAUCCAUGUUUUCACAUGAAAAAUUAGAUUUUUCUUGAAAAAUUACCAUGAAAUGUUGUCUGAAAAUCCAAAAAAAUGCAUAUUAAAAAUUAUUCUGAAAUUGUCGAUUUCUGAUUGAAAAUAUGCAAAAAUUCCGAUUUUCCAGCUGAAAAUGCUGAUUUCUGGAUUCUUUGCAUAUUUUCAAUUGGAAAUCGGCGGAGAUGCGGAAGCUAUGCCCAAAUUUUGAAUUUUUCUGGAACAAUGUUAGGCUAUCUCGAAAAAAUCUGAAAAUUUGAACAACAUUCAUUAUUUUCUUCAAGUUUCAGCCAAAAUACACAUUUUUUCGAUUUCUUGAAAACAAUUAUGUUCUUAUUUUCAGCUAGAAAAACUUUAAAUUUUAAUUUUUCUGAAAAAUUCUAAAUUCGAGGGUAAAUUAUUUUGAAAUUGUCGUUUUCCAAUUGAAAAUAUGCAAAAAUCCCGAUUUUCCAGCUGAAAAUGCUGAAAUUUCUGGAUUUUUGCAUAAUUUCAAUUGGAAAUCGGCGGAGAUGCGGAAGCUAUGCCCAAAUUUUGAUUUUGAGUUUUCAGACAAUUUUUAGCUGGGAAAUCUCGAAUUUUUUAAUAAUAACUGAAAAAGUUGGAUUUUUCUGUAAAUUUGAGCAAUUUGAGCAAUUAGGCAGCUUGCCAGCCAAAAUUUUCCGAAAAUUCCAGAUUUUCAGCCAAAAAUCUCUAAUUUUUUCCAGUUGACGGAGAUGUUGGUGAAUAUUGGCGCCUGAAUUGGAACCGUUUCGACGCCUAUCUUCGCGAUGAAAUUAUUGUCGAAUUUUUGAUUGGGGGAACUAAUGUGAGCCUGAAAAUCUGAAAUUUUCAAAUCAAAAAACUCUGAUUUUCUUUAGGCCUCAACUUCAGAGGAUAAAACCCAUCAAAUUGUAUCGCAAACUUGUCAUCUGAUUUUCAAGCUUAAUGAAUUGAGAUGUUCCUCGUUGAAACCGGCGAAUGUCGAGAAUUUUACGGCUUCGGUAAGGGAAAAUCUUUAUUUAAAAAAAUCUAACAAGUUGUGACUGAAAUUUGUGAGAUCUUAUUGGUUUUUGAUCUCCAAAAUAACAAAAAAUGAAAAAACUCUUGUCGUAUAUUUUUAUUGAUAAUUAGAAUAAGAUAUGGAUAACCAAGAUAUUCCAAAAAUGAUAAUUUUCGUGCCUGAAAAAGUUUGAGAUGAUCCUCUUAACAAAAAGUUGACUAACCACAUUCAAAAAGAUGUUUGAUCUAUCUUCUAGAACAUGUUGAAUUUGAUAAACUUCAAAUAAAAUUAACAACGGAAUAUGGUAGAAGAUCAGCUUUAAAGUUUUCUGAAAUUGGGGAAUAAUUUGGUUUUUAGACGAAAUUUUCGAGUUUUUCAUAGGAAAAUUUGGAUUUAUCUGCGUUUUCACAUGAAAGAUGAGACUUUUUGUCUGAAAAUCAAUUUUUUACGAUAUUCUUUUAUGAAAAAUUGAAUUCUUCAUAGGAAAAUGUGGAUUUAUCCAUGUUUUCACAUGAAAAAUCGGUUAUUCUUGAAAAAGUCCCCUGAAAUUGUGUCUGGAAAUUCAAAUAUUCAUUGAAUGUUAUCUGAAAUUGUCGUUUUCCAAUUGAAAAUAUGCAAAAAUCGCGAUUUUCCAGCUGAAAAUGCUGAAAUUCCUGGAUUUUUGCAUAUUUUUAAUUGGAAAACGGCGGAGAUGCGGAAGCUAUGCCCAAAAAUCAAAUAAAAUUAACAACGGAAUAUGGUAGAAAAUCAACUUUAAAGCUUUCUGAAUUUUGGGGGCUUUUUCAAGGAAAAAAAAUUAUGUUUUCUCAGAAAACAGGAGAAAAGCGAAGAAAACACACAAAUUGCCACGAGACCCAACGAAAAACAACAUGUUCCUUUGUCCUGUAAAUUGGUCCCGCUGCGAAAUUCUACAGUAUUUUAAAGGAACACGUUGGAUCUCGUGGCGAUUUGUGGUGUUUUAUUUUUAUGUUUUCUUAACCGACCUGAAUAGGUCGCUGAGAAAACAUAAUUUUUUUUCCUUGAAUAGCCCCAUAAGGAAAACAACUCACAGUAUCCUUCGAAAUAUUCAGUUUCUUAACUUUUAAGUGAGUUAAGUAGGUUAAAAUUAUAAAUAUGGAAUCAGUUGAAAUUUUCAACACAAAAAUAGUGCCCCUUAAUUUAGUCGGGCUCGGUUUUUGACCAUUCCACCAGCCAUCUUCAUCAAGUAUAAAAAUUUCAAUUAAUGGAUCAAAACUGAAUAAAGUUAUGAAAAAUGAGAUGAUUGAAAUUAAAAGUAUUAUAAUAUUAAUAUAAGUUUUCUUCCAAAUUCUUUUUAUAAUACACAAGUGUUGCGGAAUAUCGAUUGAUUACUGUAACAAUAUUUAGAAACAUGACAGAAUAAUAGGUUAUGAAAUGGAUGAUGUAGAAAUGUUCCAAUAAAUUGAAGAGAUAUGCGAUAUUUAAAAACUCAAUUAUAGUUGAUAUCUCAUAAGUGUACCAUGAAAUGAUGUUGAAAAUACCAACUAUGACAAAUAAAUAAUAAAAUGAACUUGUUAUUUGCUUUUUGACGAUUGAUAAAAUCAAUAAAUUUGGGAGAAAUAUGAGGAAUCUGAUAACAAAUCCGAGAUAUUGGAAAAUUGUAACAUCAGAUAGUGAAAAACUGGUGAUAUUGUAUGUUUCGUUAUAAAAAAGAGUGUAGAGCAAGUGAUUUUCGUGCAUUUUUAUGAGAAUGAGCAAGGAAAAUUGGAUUUUUCAAUUGUACAUAUGGCUCAUUAAAUUUCAUUUCCCAUUGAAAUUUAGUAUUACUAGGUGCAGAGAUAGCUAUAGAGUUAGAGACGCAGAGAAACGACUUUUCUUGUAGACCUACGACAUUGUUAAAAUGGCCAAAGAGAACUCAAUUCAAUUAUCAAAAGCGGAUAUCGAUUUGAGUUGUCAUAUAUUGUGUGAUGAAUCGGAUGGAAUUGUGCGAAGAAUUGGCGACACUUCUGGUGGUUUAUAUCAAAUUGAUGUGAAAAGAGCGAUUCGAUUGAUUUGCCGAGCACAUUUGGAAAGUUUGAUUCGAGAACAAUUGGAUCAGAAAGCUAUUAGGUAUACCGCAUAUAUGGGGAGGGGUUUUUUGAGAAAGGAAAUUUCGAGUUUUCCAUUGGAAAAUUCAGAUUUAUCUGCGUUUUCACAUGGAAGAUGGGAUUUUUCCUGGGGAAAUUUCUGAGUUUUUCAUAGGAAAAUGUGGAUUUAUCCAUUUUUUCACAUGAAAGAUAGGAUUUUUUACGAUAUUUUUUCAUGAAAAAUUGAAUUCUUCAUAGGAAAAUGUGGAUUUAUCCAUUUUUUCACAUGAAAAAUCGGUUAUUCUUGAAAAAGUCCCCUGAAAUUAUAUCUGAAAAUUCAAAUUUUCAAAAUUUUCAUUAAAUGUUAUCUAAAAUUGUCGUUUUCCAAUUGAAAAUAUGCAAAAAUCCCGAUUUUUCAGCUGAAAAUGCUGAAAUUUCGGGAUUUUUGCAUUAUUUUAAUUGAAAAUCGGCGGAGAUGCGGAAGCUAUGCCCAAAUUUUGAAUUUGUUUUAGAAAAAACUUGGAAUUUUCAUUUUUACUUCCAAAUCUCUGAAAUUUUGUCUGAAAAUCCAAAUUUUUCAUCGGAAAAUGCAGGUUUACUUGGAGUUUCAAAUGAAAAAGGAAGAUUUUCAGACAACAUUUCGAAAUGUUCAAAAAUUAUCUGAAAUUGUCGUUUUCCAAUUGAAAAUAUGCAAAAGUCGCGAUUUUUCAGCUGAAAAUGCUGAAAUUUCUGGAUUUUUGCAUAUUUUUAAUUGGAAAUUGACGGAGAUGCGGAAGCUAUGCCCAAAUUUUGAAUUUCUCUGGAACAAUGUUAGGCUAUCUCGAAAAAUCUGAAAAUUUGAACAAUAUUCAUUAUCUUCUUCAAGUUUCAGCCAAAUUUCACAUUUUUUUCGAUCUCUUAUUUUCAGCUACAAAAUCUUGAAAUUUUAAUUUUUCUGAAAAAUUCGAAGUUUUCCACUUUCCAAUCUAAAAAAUUAUUUUGAAAUUGUCGUUUUCGAAUUGAAAAUAUGCAAAAAUCCCGAUUUUCCAGCUGAAAAUGCUGAAAUUUCUGGGUUUUUGCAUAUUUUUAAUUGGAAAUCGGCGGAGAUGCGGAAGCUAUGCCCAAAUUUUGAAUUGGGGACUUUUCAGACAAUUUUUAGCUGUAAAAAACUGGAAUUCCAAGUUUCUUCGAAAAAUUGUCUGAAAAACUGAAAUUUGACAAAUUUUAGAUGCCAAUCUUAAAAUUUUUGAACCAAAAAAGAUAUCUGAAAGUUUUUACACAAAUUUUGAAAAAAUGUUCUGAAAAGACUUACCUGAAUUGUUCAAAAAUUACCUAGGAUUACUGAAAAGUUCAAGUAAGGUACUCAAAAAUAGCCUUAGAACCCCUAAAUUCACUCUAACCACUUUAAAAUCACUCCCAAACCCUUUUUUUCCUUUCCAGAAUAAUGCAUUUACUGGAAGUUCGUCAUUAUUUAGACGAAGAACAAGUGGAAAAACAAAGUAUGAUGUCAGCAAAAGAAGCUCGUGAAAUGCUAUAUGCAUUAGUUGAAGAAGGUUAUGUAUUCACAAAAGCGGUUGGAAGAAGUGGCGAUUUUCAACCAGCAAGAACAAUUUAUUUAUAUUAUUUGGAUUUGAAGAAAACUGUGCAAGGAUUGGUUGAAUAUACGUGUAAGGUAAGAGAAAAUCGGGGGAUUUUCAGACGAAAAAUCGAGUUUUUCAUAGGAAAAUUUGGAUUUAUCUGCGUUUUCACAUGAAAGAUGAGAUUUUUUGUCUGAAAAUCAAUUUUUGCUGAAAAUUCCAGGUUUUCUUUGAUUUCCAUACGAAAUUUCGAGUUUUUCAUAGGAAAAUUCGGAUUUAUCUGCGUUUUCACAUGAAAGAUGGGAUUUUUCGUCUGGAAAUCAAGUUUUUGUUGAAAAUUCCAGGUUUUCUUUGAUUUCCAGGCGAAAUUUUCGAGUUUUUCAUAGGAACAUUUGGAUUUAUCUGCGUUUUCACAUGAAAGAUGAGAUUUUUCGUCUGGAAAUCAAGUUUUGACCGGAAAUUCCAGGUUUUCUUUGAUUUCCAGACAAAAAAUCGAGGUUUUCAUAGGAAAAUUGAGAUUUAUCUUCGUUUUCACAUGAAAGAUGAGAUUUUUGUCCGAAAAUCAAUUUUUGCUGAAAAUUCCUGGUUUUCUUUGAUUUCCAGACGAAAUUUUCGAGUUUUUCAUAGGAAAAUUGAGAUUUAACUGCGUUUUCACAUGAAAGAUGAGAUUUUUCGUCUGGAAAUCAAUUUUUGCUGAAAAUUCCUGGUUUUCUUUGAUUUCCAGACGAAAUUUUCGAGUUUUUCAUAGGAAAAUUUGGAUUUAUCUUCGUUUUCACAUGAAAGAUGGGAUUUUUCGUCUGAAAAUUCAAUUUUUCUCAUCGGAAAAUGCAGGUGUGCUUGUAGUAUUUCCAAAUGUCUGAAAUUGUCGUUUUCCAAUUGAAAAUAUGCAAAAAUCCCGAUUUUCCAGCUGAAAAUGCUGAAAUUUCUGGAUUCUUUGCAUAUUUUCAAUCGGAAAUCGGCGGAGAUGCGGAAGCUAUGCCCAAAUUUUGAAUUUUCUCUGAAAAACUUUUUUUUUUUUAAAUCGAUCGAAAAAUUCCUGGAAAAUUUGACAAACGGUGUAAUUUAAUUUAAGAACUUUUCUGAAAAACCGGUUUUUUUUUUUAUGGAAAAAUUGAAUGGAAAUCAGAAAUCAUUGGAAUUUUUUUGGGUUUUUUUCUAAACAAUAGACAACUAGAGUAUAGUAUGGCUAGAAAAAAAAAUAAUUAAAAUCUUGAAAUUAGGCUUAGCUUUAGGCUUAGCUAAAAUAUUAGGGUUAGGCUUAGGCUUAACCAAAAUGUUAGGCUUAGGCUUAACCAAAAUGUUAGGCUUAGGCUUAACCAAAAUGUUUUAGGCUUGGGCUUAACCAAAAUGUUAGGCUUAGGCUUAACCAAAAUGUUAGGCUUAGGCUUAACCAAAAUGUUAGGCUUAGGCUUAACCAAAAUGUUAGGCUUAGGCUUAACCAAAAUGUUACGCUUAGGCUUAACCAAAAUGUUCAGGCUUAGGCUUAACCAAAAUGUUAGGCUUAGGCUUAACCAAUAAUAUAGGCUUAUUCUUAGGCUUAACCAAAAUGUUACGCUUAGGCUUAACCAAAAUGUUCAGGCUUAGGCUUAACCAAAAUGUUAGGCUUGGGCUUAACCAAAAUGUUAGGCUUAGGCUUAACCAAAAUGUUAGGCUUAGGCUUAACCAAAAUGUUAGGCUUAGGCUUAACCAAAAUGUUACGCUUAGGCUUAACCAAAAUGUUCAGGCUUAGGCUUAACCAAAAUGUUAGGCUUAGGCUUAACCAAUAAUAUAGGCUUAUUCUUAGGCUUAACCAAAAUGUUAGGCUUAGGCUUAACCAAAAUGUUACGCUUAGGCUUAGCUAAAAUGUUAGGCUUAGGCUUAACCAAAAUGUUAUGCUUAAGCUUAACUAAAAUGUUAGGCUUAGGCUUAACCAAAAUGUUAGGCUUAGGCUUAACCAUAAGUAUGAACUCAAAAUUUCCCCAAAUUCCCAUUUUUUCCAGCUCAUCCGAAAUCUAAUUCUCCGAAAUUCAUUCGAACGCAAAGAAAACAAACAUUUAUUGGACAAAGAUGCGACAGUUGGACCAAUUGUUGAAGGAAUCAAAGGAAAUGAAGAAUUGGACGAAGAAUCGAAGUUGGCACAAAUUGCAGAAGUCGAAGAGAUGUAUUUGCCGGGACCCGAUCGACUACAAUUGGACAAGUUUCGAAAAGCACAAGCUUGUCUUUUGGCAUCGCAAGAUAGAUCGGCUAAAGUAUUGUUGGCUUUUAAAUUGUUUUUGAAUCAAUAG